AAUAGGAAGCAGAGGCAAGGAUGGGAAGAGAUUAGUGCUGCGCUCUGUGGGCUCAUCACUCAAUGAAAGGACACUCUGGAAACAACAAGGGCGCUCAGCCUCAGGAGAACCGGUGAGAGUUUCAUUUUAGGGAUAUAUAUUAAACUUCCUGGGAAACGCUUUGGACUUUCUGGAUGCUUUCAGAUCAGGAUAAUCUGCUUGAGCAACUUCUAACCAUGGAUUGUUACAGCAAAGUAAGAACAGAGGAACUGGAUCUAAGAAGGUUCUGAGUUACUUUUCUGUCCAGUCCCUGCCCCAGAUACUGCCCAUCUGCAUGGUACACAGGAAAUUAGAUGGCCAUCUGUGAAAUAUUGGAAGGCAUGACAGAUGUAAAACGACCUUUCUAGGAUUUAAGAGCAGAGGGCUUUCUGUAUCAACUGUACUGGCUCUGUUCCUAGUGUAAUCCUGUUUAUGUGCAACCAAAAGAAUGACUUAUACAUCUUGUGUGGUUUUGAUCUCACUCUUGGUUCGGCUCACGGGAGCUAUUUGUCCUCAAGGCUGCCUGUGUAUAUCUGAGAUACUGAACUGUGGCUCCUUGGGUCUGGAUAGAUUCCCCAAUCCGCUUCCAUUCACAACAUCGGUCCUGGACCUCAGUCAUAACAGACUAACAUGGCUGGCAGGAGGCAGUUUCUACGGGCUCCCAAGGCUGCACGCUUUGCAUAUGUCCCAUAACCGCAUCUCCUUGCUAAGCCCGGGAGCUUUCCAUAACAUCAGCAGUCUUCGAUACCUGGACCUCUCUUCCAACAAGUUGCAGGUGGUGGGGAAGCAUCACUUCCAGGACCUGCCAGCCUUGGAGGUGUUGUUGCUCUACAACAAUCGUCUUACCCGCGUGGAGAGCAACACCCUAAUGGGGCUCGGCAAUCUGAAGAAGGCUUACUUCAGCCUCAACCAGAUCACAGAUUUCCCAUUCUUCUCGAUUCGUAAGCACAGCCACCCCAACUUGGUUACACUGGACCUCUCCUCAAACCGCCUGUUUCGUCUGCCUAUGGAUGACAUUGUGGUGCUGCCGGCUGCAGUCCAAACAGGCCUGUUCCUGCACAAUAACAGUCUGGAGUGCGAUUGCUCUAUGUACCGCAUGUUUUGGCACUGGGAGCAGAAGGGAUAUCCAAGUGUGAAAGACUACAAGGAUGACUACAAGUGUCUUAUGUAUGGCGAGCCUCGAAUCCCAAUUAAUUUUCUGCGCUCUUCGCACUUCUUUGAGAACUGUACCAUUGGGAAGAUGAUAUCCCUGAUAUCCCCAAAGGCUGAUAAAGUUGUUUACGAGGGUGAACAAGUGAGACUGGACUGCACUGGGACACUAAACGGAGAAGAUCUGUCUUACAGCUGGAUCAUUCCGCAUCAAGAAAACAUCUCUCAGCUGAUCCAGAAUGGAUCUCUACGUCUCAAUCAAGACGGUAGCUUGGAUAUUCUAGCUGCCCAGUCCAUAGAUUCGGGGGUCUACCAGUGCACUGCUGUGGAUAAUGCGAGGAUGAUCAACGAAUCACGAGAAGUAAAUUUAACGGUGGUAGCCCAGCGUACCGCGGAGGAGCCGUUCAACACAGGCUACACCACUCUUUUGGGAUGUGUGGUGACCCUUGUCCUCAUUUUAAUGUAUUUGUAUUUAACCCCAUGUCGUUGUGGUUGCUGCAAACCUCCUCCUCCUUCUCCGGCCAUCUCAACCUUUAGGGAGGACCACUGCACUCUGGCCUCUAUCUUUGCAGCCCCUUCAACCGAUCGACUCAAGAGCAAGUCUCAGUCCGACAGGCACGUAGUGUUCCUCGAGCCACUCAUGACAGGAAAAAACGGCCACCCGAAAGCUGCAUUUGUUGUUGAACAGCCUACAGUUGAAUGGGACACAGAAAACUUCACCAUAAUUAGAGGUAGAAACGACUCGGAGUAGCAAAUUUGUGACUUCAAAAUCCCGCAGAAUUGCUUAAGCCUGUUUGAACCAUAGGGACAAGCAUCACAAAUUAAUCUGUCAUAAUUACCUAAUAAAUUACUUUGAUCCUCAGAUUUAGAGGGUGUCUCCUGUCUCACAAUAUGAAGUAAUCCAUUUGUUUACGCUGAAUGCGUGGGACUGCACUGCUAGUAAUGCGCUGAAAAUCCAUAGCAGUGAAUGUAUCAUUUGUAAGACCCAAGAGCAUGUGUAUUGAAUUUGAAGGCUUGAAAGAAGCACAAGUUUGCUCAGUAAAUCUCAACAAAAGACGCAGAUUGUCAUGACAACAGCAACAUUUAAGGUGUCUCUAAUGUAGUGUGUUAUUUGCACAGAACAAAAGUUGAAUCAGAGCUGCCUUUGAUUCAAGUAUGUGGGGUACAUCUACUAGCUGGGAAGAUGAAGGUGACCACAAGCUCUUCUUGCAAGGUUUUUCAGAAAGAUAAACCCCUGUCCUUUGAUGGUAGUCAGAAACAUCUAGGUGCUGUUGAUUUGAUACUAUAAGCAGACAUUGAUUUAAAGAGAGGACAACAGAAGGCCUUCUGGAUCCAUUUAAGACGGAGGUUUAAUCUCUUCGGUUGCGUCAUUACCAUUAUAUACAGCUAAUCCUUUGUCAAGAAAACAUGGUGGUAAAGUUUGAUGCGAAAGCUUGACGGUAUGCAAAAAUAAAUGUUCUACUACUAGUUCACACGAAGCAGCUGCGAAAAGCGAGUAACUCCAAGGAGAGACAUGAUAAAUGAAGAAGAAAAAGCAAAGGCAAUGUAGUGAUGUCUGUUUAUGUGUGAUAUUAUUCAUCUCUGCACUUUGCAUUAAGCAAAUUGCUCUUUCAUUACAGGGAUGUGCUAUUGGAGAGGAUUAACACCCCUGCCAGAAUUUUUCCUCCCACACCAUGCACAGUAUGCAAAGUAAAAGCAAAAUAUGAAAAUGAAAGAGCACCACGGCAAAGGUACAGAGUUAAUCCAAGCAGCCCAUUUCCAGAUGUGAUCAGAUUUAUCUGCGGCAACCCACUUUCACAUUCAUAAUACGUCGACACAUGUCCCCUGGCUGCUCAUCUGUCGCGCAGUCCUGCCAAAUGCAAUGUUACCAGAUCUACUCUAUAAAAUAUAAAUUAAAAAAUGUGGUCAUGCACUAUAAUUUCUCAUUAGAUCCUCUUAAUCCAAACCUGUACAAUCUUAACAUUAAAACAGCAUUUUAUAAAAACUGACCAAUUAAUCAGACUUGCCAAAUGGACUGAUUGAUCUAAUCAGCAAACUCAUUUUUGAUGAGAUAAACAUCAAGGCUCCUAAAAAAACCUAACUUUACUAGAGUUAUGUAACAUUGACUGCCUCUUUACAGCCUUGCCUGUGUGCUGUGUUUGUUAUACUAGUGUUGUUUUGAGAGAUGAAAGAUCAAAUGAGAGAUGAGAUGACCCAAGGUCAGAUUUAACAGAUUACACUUUGGGGCAAAACUAGGCACUCCAGCAAUUUUUCAGCCUUUCCUUAAUCCUUUAAGCUUUCUUUUUUCCCUUUAUGCUGCUGAUGUGUUUUGGACUAUCCUGAACUCAGGUGGUGACAUAAAAAUUAUAAUUUUUUUGAAUGUAAACUGGUGAGCAGCAAAAUGGCAUAAUAAACAUUUCCAAACCAUGCAAAAGAGUUUUUUUUUUAAACGGACAUUGUGAAAGAUGCCUGAUAAUUUUAAAACAUACUUUUGACAUUGCACUUUCAACAGC